AUGUCCAACAUACUUUUCGCUAAGCCUCUAUAUAUAAUAACGGGGAAAUGGCGGGAAACGGCGUCUCUUCUGGAAAAUUGGGACUUAAUCACGCUUGCUAAUGCCUUGGUGUCUGAAUUUGGCUUUCGCAACUCGAGCCAUCUUCCAUUAGCUCUACAGAGUGAGCACUCAUUGCCUAGGGUCAACCGCAGCGCUUCCAACAAGCUUGAGACUUUGUGUACGUUCUUAUGGCAGGGAGAAUGGGAGGUAGGUGUACGUAUCGUAACUGUUACGGCUCACGUGAUCUGUCCGAAACAGCUCGGAUACUUACAGGCCUCAUCUAAUUGGUCAGGUACCUCUGUUCUCUACUCGCCGGAGCCAUCCUACUCCUCUAGAAUCGCUAUACAAACACCACAAAAGGGCAAUAUGAUCCGUACUACGUACCGUACCUGGGGCAUCAUUAAACGUACGGUCAGGGCUUCCAACGGGCCGUACUACGGUCCGUACAAAGUGAACCGUAACGGUCACGUGUUCAGUACGAACGUACCGAGUUCUUACGAUACGUACACCUACCUCUCCUCCUCCCUGUCGUACGAACGUACACAAAAUAUUACCCGUACAGGCCUCAAAAUCGCCCAAUCGUACAGUACUACGCCUCGUUGGAAGCCCUGCGUACGGUGCGGCUCACAAACUUGGUACGUUCGUACUGAACACGUGACUGGUACGGCUCACUUUAGUUGGGUAGCCACAGAGUUUUGGAUUACUUUCAAGCGAGGUAUGGUGGCACUAGGCAAGCUCGGUGCACACUUUCGCUGGAUACUUUACAUGGAAUUUUCGAACCCAAGUUUCAAAAACCCAUCAAAGAGGGUUUCAUUGCAAGUUAACAAACACCACGAUUCAUUCCAGAUGAAUUCUCAGAUGACAAAGCGUCCAUAUAUUACCGCCUUGAAACCCAACCGCCAGACUGCCAAGCGUGGGGAUGCAGAUGGCAAUCAAUCUAACUCUAGACCCGUGGUGUUCCGUCCACUGUACCGACGCAUAUUAGAGAAGAGCCAACAACGGAUGUUUAGCCCGCCGUUUGACAUAAAUCUACCCGUAUAUGCCAAUGGCAAACUAUAUCUAAAAAAGGCCGAUAUACGCGUGCAUUCAAAACCUGAGAAUGCAAACCGCUUGCACAGUAUCCGCAAAAGAGGCGUCCAACAAUCGUCGAAUCUCUCAUCCGCGUCGUACCCGACGGUACCAGGAACUGCAGAAGGUUAGCCAUGAGGGGCAGAACUAGGGAUCAGCCCUGCCAGACACUGCUCAACCUCCUUCUCCUGGGCACCAUAUUCGGACUAAUGCUCCUAGAUCUCGCACCCGCAAAGCUGUUUUCAAGAAUAGCGUCUUCGAGCUCAUCCUCUUCCUCGAUCUUAUCAAUGAUUUCCUGAGGCGGCUCUUCUUCGAAGACAGCUUGAAUAUCGGCAUGCACGGAGAAAUUGCUCCAGUUCCAGAAUCCCCAUUUCGAGUGUUUGGAAGGUCCGAGG